AUGUCGGCCCUCGAGAAGAGCAUGCACCUCGGCCGCCUGCCCUCUCGCCCUCCUCUGCCCGGCAGCGGGGGCAGUCAGAGCGGAGCAAAGAUGCGAAUGGGCCCUGGAAGAAAGCGGGACUUUUCCCCUGUUUCUUGGAGUCAGUAUUUUGAGUCCAUGGAAGACGUGGAAGUAGAGAAUGAAACUGGCAAAGAUACUUUUCGCAUUUACAAGAGUGGUUCAGAAGGUCCAGUCCUACUUCUUCUGCACGGAGGAGGCCAUUCUGCCCUAUCCUGGGCUGUGUUCACAGCUGCAAUCAUUAGUAGAGUUCAGUGUAGGAUUGUGGCUUUGGAUCUGCGAAGUCAUGGUGAAACAAAGGUCAAGAAUCCUGAAGACUUGUCUGCUGAAACAAUGGCAAAAGAUGUUGGCAAUGUGGUUGAAGCCAUGUAUGGGGAUCUUCCUCCUCCAAUUAUGCUAAUUGGACAUAGUAUGGGUGGUGCUAUUGCAGUCCACACAGCAUCAUCCAACCUGGUGCCAAGCCUUCUGGGUCUGUGCAUGAUUGAUGUUGUGGAAGGUACAGCCAUGGAUGCUCUUAACAGCAUGCAGAAUUUCUUGCGUGGUCGUCCUAAAACCUUCAAGUCUCUGGAGAAUGCCAUUGAAUGGAGUGUGAAGAGUGGCCAGAUUCGAAAUCUGGAGUCGGCUCGUGUCUCAAUGGUUGGCCAAGUCAAACAGUGUGAGGGAAUUACAAGUCCAGAAGGUUCAAAAUCUAUAGUAGAAGGAAUCAUAGAAGAAGAAGAAGAAGAUGAAGAAGGAAGUGAAUCAGUAAACAAGAGGAAAAAGGAAGAUGACAUGGAGACCAAGAAAGACCAUCCAUAUACCUGGAGAAUUGAACUGGCAAAAACAGAAAAAUACUGGGAUGGCUGGUUCCGAGGCUUAUCCAAUCUCUUUCUCAGUUGUUCUAUUCCUAAAUUGCUGCUCUUGGCUGGUGUUGAUAGGCUGGAUAAAGAUCUGACCAUUGGCCAAAUGCAAGGGAAGUUCCAGAUGCAGGUCCUACCUCAGUGUGGCCAUGCAGUCCAUGAGGAUGCCCCAGAUAAGGUAGCUGAAGCCGUUGCCACUUUUCUGAUCCGACAUAGGUUUGCAGAGCCCAUCGGUGGAUUCCAGUGCGUGUUUCCUGGCUGUUAG